AUGCUCGAAAUCCUGGACACAGCGGGAACGGAGCACUUCACAGCGAUGAGGGAUUUGUAUAUGAAGAAUGGCCAAGGGUUUGCACUAGUAUAUUCUAUUACAGCUCAAUCCACAUUUAAUGACUUACAGGACCUGAGGGAACAGAUUUUACGGGUUAAGGACACAGAAGAUGUUCCGAUGAUUUUGGUUGGCAAUAAAUGUGACCUGGAAGAUGAGCGAGUAGUUGGCAAAGAACAGGGUCAGAAUUUAGCAAGACAGUGGUGUAACUGUGCCUUUUUAGAAUCUUCUGCAAAGUCAAAGAUCAACGUUAAUGAGAUAUUUUAUGACCUGGUCAGACAGACCAAUAGGAAAACACCAGUGCAAAGAAGCAGCCUAAACAGAAACCCUACCUGCUGCUUUAGGCCCACAGUGGGCAGCAGCUCUGAGCCAGAUUACAGGAAUGAAGAACUGUUGUUUAAUUGGAAAGUGCCAGCAUUCCAGACUUCAAAAAAUAAAUCUGAAGCGGCUUCUCCUGUUUUAUAUAUUAUGUGA